CCGUUGAAAUCGGGGAUUUCCUUUGACAGGUGCUGGACGUUACAUUCGUCAUUCGAAUUAUAUUGGUGAACGAUAAAACAAGUGGACGGUUAGUGAAAAAGAAACAAUUGUUUUUUGGAAUUAAUUAAGUAAUUAUUUUAAUAAUUCCAGCCGGUAUGGUUUGUGAAAUAGAAAAAAAUGAACAGGUUUUCAGUUCGGUCAACAUACCUGCUGACAUCAAGCACCCGUUGAAGACCAGCUGGAGCUUCUGGAUGUUCACCAACACCAACAAGAAGGACUGGGAGGAGAAUCUCGUCAAGCUGACCGUCUUCGACACGGUCGAGGAUUACUGGCGCCUCUACCACUGGAUGAAGCGGCCAUCGGAGCUGGUGUUCGGUCAGGACUACGCGGUGUUCCGUGGUGACAUCACACCGAUGUGGGAGCACCCCGCCAACCGCCGCGGCGGUAGGAUGAUACUCAACUUCGAGAAGAAACGGAACAUGCAGGUCGAUAUGGACACCGCUUGGAUGUUAGUGAUACUGAUGAUGAUCGGAGAAAACUUCGAUAACUCUGACGCGAUCUGCGGUGCUGUUGUCAAUGUCAGAGCUAAGUCGAAAAUUGGUGUUUGGAUAACUGAUCGAAACGAGGCGGCGAUCAUCGAAGUCGGACAGAAAUUGAAGAACCAGCUAGGUUUAACGACCAAAAUUAACUUCCACUUGCAUAACCAAGUUACUAAUUUGUUGACUAUUUAGUUGUUUAUCACAUCUUUUAGGGGACGUAACCAUAAGUUAGUCAUGUCAGUGCCGAAUUUAUAUUUUUUUGAGAACUUUAUAUCCGCCGCCCUUGUACAAAACCUGUCGGCUUCCUAUGGACGCUUCCACGCUUAGGCCGUGGCCUAUAACGGCCGCAUUAUAAAUCCGAGGCUGUACCAUUUGUAGUCUAUUCGCGUUUGGAACAUAGUAAGAAAAUACGACGUACAGUAUAGUUAAGUCGUGAUCAUAUUCUUCAAUUUGCAGCCUUUUCGACGUAGUUAUAAUAUUACAGAUUCCCUCCGUUCAGUUCGUUCAGAGUUAUUUGACCUUUAUGCUAAAGAUAAAGCUCGCUCUUAUUGAUUGAGGUAAAAUAAUUAUUU